AUGUCCCCAGUCCCAGAACCAAUCCUCCAAGCCCUAUCCCUCCCCAACAACACAGAAGCAACUCUAUCCACCAACCUAGCCUCCGGCUUCACAAACACCGCAAUCCUCGACGCCAAAAUCCCCAACAAAACAACAAAAACCCCCGACAAACUCAAAUUUUUCAUAAAAACCUCUCCAGCCGGCCCCUCCGCCUCAGAAAUGUUCCGCGGCGAAUACGAAUCGCUAAACGCAAUCGCAACCUCCGUCCCGGGCUUCUGUCCACGGGCACUAGCCUGGGGCCCGUUAGAAGAAGGCAAUAGCAAGACAUUCUUUCUCGCGACGGAGUAUAUUGAUUUACGCGCUGGUCGGUUUGGUAGCAGCGAUGAUGACGAGAGUACUGCUACGUUAGCGCACCGACUGGGAAAAUUACACACCACGCCUGCACCAAUCGACGAGAGUGGUCGUCGACGAUUCGGAUUCCCGGUCCCGACGUUCUGCGGCGACACGAAGCAGUCGAAUUUAUUCCGGGAUAGUUGGGCGGCGUUUUUUGCUGAGGAGAGGUUACUUACUAUUCUUGGGUCGUCGGAGGAUAGGAAUGGUUCUGAUGCGGGGCUGCGUGAGCUUGUGGAGAAGACUGUUCAUAGUGUUGUGCCGAGAUUAUUGGGUGAUGAUCAUUUGGGAUAUGAUUCUGAUGGUCAAGGGGAGGGGAUCGUGCCUGUUGUUAUUCAUGGGGAUUUGUGGAGUGGGAAUGUGGGUUGGGGGAGGAUUCUGGGUUCUGGGUCUGGGUCUGGAGAGGAUCAAGCUGGAGAUGUGGUUUAUGAUCCGUCGGCUUGUUAUGGGCAUAGUGAGUUUGAAUUGGGGAUUAUGAAUAUGUUUGGUGGGUUUGGGGCUGGGUUUUUUGAGAAAUAUCAUCGCGUUGUGCCGAAGACGGAGCCCGUGGGGGAAUAUGAUGAUCGGGUGAGGUUGUAUGAAUUGUACCACCAUUUGAAUCAUCAUGCUAUUUUCGGGGGUGGGUAUCGCUCGGGAGCAGUGUCAAUUAUGCAAAAGCUGAUCCGGAAGUAUGGCGACGGAAAGUAA